CCAACACUCUUCUAACAAUCGUAUCAACAACUCCACUAUUAAUCAUUAAUCCAUGGCUAAUGCGGCAAAAACCGUGAGUGAGACGGAAACAUUUAUCGAGCAUGGACUCGAGACAAAGUGCAAACCGCACUGCGAGGCGUGAGGUACGCGCCUACAGUUGUAUGUAUCACUCGUGACAAUUUUUUCGUUCAUCUCACACGUCAAUCCGUCAGAUUAAUUUGAUUUAUUCCGUCCUUUUGUGGGAAGAAAAUCGAGAUUCGGUGGAAUUGCCGUUUUCGGUCGGAGAUUAGACUAGGAGAUGCGCAGAUUUUCAGUGGUGUUGUUUUUCAGGUGACACGGGGAAAUUCUGAAGUCAGUGAGGAGCCAGACAUGAGGAACCCAUCCCCUUAACCAUGCUCGUGAAUCAACCCCUCACGAACUAAACUUUCAAUAAGAAAAAUUGAAAACCAAGAAAAUGUGGAGAGAAACGAUAGAAGAUCUGAAGGACCCUCACCUUGUGGCGAGAAUCCAGCAGUUCUUCGGCGUAGACAUCACCCACGAGAAAUCCUCCCCAUCCCCCCCACAAACCGACGAUCAAUCGAGAAUAAUCGAGAAGAACGGAACAGUCCAUGAAAAUGGUAAACGAAUUGUGCACGCGAGUGAAGAAUCACUUGACCCAGCGGAGAAAUCCCCAAUUGAGAGACGAAUUCCAGUAAACAAUUACUUCUGGUACUACUUGUUCCUCUUUGGUACUGAGCUGGGGGACGAGGUGUUCUACUGCUCGUUCAUUCCCUUUUGGUUCUGGAACAUUGACGGGGCAGUUGGGAGGAGAAUAAUCCUAGUCUGGUCAAUUGUUAUGACCGUUGGACAGGCCCUGAAGGACAUUCUGUGCUGGCCACGUCCUGCCUGCCCUCCAGCUGUCAGACUCCAGAGCAAAUGGUCACAGGAAUACGGAAUGCCCUCCACUCAUGCUAUGGUUGGUGUCGCCAUUCCUUUUGGGAUCAUUCUCUUCACUAUGAACCGAUAUGUCUAUUCUAUCUGCUCGGCAGUCGUCGUCGCUGUGCUGUGGUGCUCGUUGAUCUGCCUCAGCAGGUUGUACUUGGGGAUGCACACAGUCCUGGAUAUAUUCGCUGGACUUGGACUGGCCGGAAUGAUGAUGAUCCCACUAGUGCCAAUUGUCGAUUUUACGGAUCACUAUCUAGUUACUAAUGAGACAGCCCUAUUCGUACUGUUUGUCAUUAGUGUUGCCACUAUUAUUUAUUAUCCUACUAGUGAUAGGUGGACACCGACUAGGGGUGACACAGCAAUGGUAGUAUCAGUGACAACUGGUGUCCAUUUAGCUGCUCUAAUUAACUUCAAGACUGGAGCAAUGCAGCCCGUCCUCGUUCCACCUCCCUACAGCAUAAUAUGGCCAACAUGGACGAUGUUAGGAUGUACGAUAUUACGUACAGUCCUCGGUUUUUGCUGCGUUCUCGCCACAAAAGCCAUCACCAAGUUCCUAGGCUACACAACAAUCUGUGCCAUACUCAGAGUAAACUCCAAGGACCUCAUGAACAGUGAAAAUUCACACGAGAACAAGGACAAAGUACUUGUUGAUUUAUUCUGCAAGUACAUUAGUUGUUUUAUGAUUGGUUUCAACACUGUUUAUCUUCUGCCAAAUGUCUUCACGAUCAUGGGGAUCGAGAGACCCACAUUUUACACAGAAAUGUAAAAUGAUAAUACAACUCAAUUUGAUUUAAGUUAAUUGAACUAGUGAAGAAAUUGAUUUUCUCGCACUGGAAAAAUGAUUUUUUUUCUUCUACGAGAAGAGAUUGGAAAUUAUUUAGGAAAUUUGACAUAACAAAAACGUUUUUUUGUUAUAUAAAAUAUAUUUUGUUACGUUUUGUUGAUAAGUUAUUGUUAAACUGAUGAGUUGCAAGUGAAGUAGUGAAGAGUAGAUGCGAUCAAAACCAUUUUCGGGUUAUUUUAUAAUUUUUGCUGAUAUUUGUCUCAUAAUCGUUUUGGGAAUUACGGAAUUUUCUUCAUAAAAGUGGUUCUGGGAAAGAAUGUCAAGCAACCUUUUUUGUUGAAAAUUUUAUUAGCCACAAAAAGCUCUUGAACAUUUUCAUUAAUCUACGAUCAUAUAAGCAAGAAAACUAAUAAUGCCGAGAUAAAAGAGAGGACUCUCCUUACGUAUCAAAAAUACAAAACUUUAUUCCGCAGUUGUAAUAACUCCCAUCUGACUGAUCACAAUCAGUUAUGACUUUUGUACGCAUUGGAAUCCAAUUCAAGUCUGACCUGUGCAUAUCUGAAUGACUCCUCACAUAAUACAGUAAUUGUUUAUAUUUCAUCACUUGGUCAUCAUACUCCAGUUGUACAUGGCAAAUGUCAAGCUGACGAUGCUAGAUGUUCACAUAUUCAACAAUAACGCAAUUGAUUAAAUCUGGGCCAUAACUUUGUGUACAAAAUGGCUCAGAAAACUUGAGACAUAAGUAAGCUUUUGCAACCCCUUAGAAAAUGAAUUGUGAACUGAAGAUUUAAAGAUUUUUUUCACCUUUAAGGGAUGUCCAGCUAUUCAACAAUAACGCAAUUGAUUAAAUCCGAGCCAUAACAUCGGUUUAGGCUAUAACUUAUAGUAGGAAAUUCGUUUGAAAACUUCAAAGAUGAACAGACUAUUGAGAGUCCUCAAGAAAAUGAAUUUUGAACUCAUCUUUCUGCUACGGAAUAGACUUUUUCAUCUAAGAAAUCUAGGGGAAAUGCUUAUUACACCCAUCAAACUGAACUGAAUAAUAAAUAAUUUGCUGUGGCUCGUCUCCACUGUUGUUAAAUCUCCAAAUGAUCUCGAAGGAGAGACAGCUUACUACUAUUAAAGUCUUUUCGGUUGGUCGUAAUUAUUUUCGUUUUUUAAUACGAAAAAAUGGACGAAAUAUUUAUUACGUUCAUCAAACUGAAAAUCUAAGAAAAAAUAAUGAAAAAUUCUGGUCGGUUCGUAAUUAUUUUCACUCUAUUAAAUUCGUUUUCUCCAACAUCAUUUGAAAUCUUUUGGAUAAUACUGAAAAAUUCUGAUAAAUGUUAAUCUUCAUGAUGGUAUACAUUUGAGCCAUAACUCCCAAGACAAUGGGGAACUUGCAUAAUUUUUUUUCAAUUUCUAAUCUCAAGUUUAUGACCUGAAUAAUUCAUUUUUCAUUCAUAAGCGUUUAAAAUAUUGUUCAUUAAUUAGUCAUUAAUUGUUGAAAAUCCAAGAUUUCAAAUGCUUUGGAAUGGCUAAUGACGUCACAUAGACAGUCGAGCGCUGGACCAAUCACAGAACGGCUCGAACCGACCUAACCCAAUCUUGAAGUGCGCCUCGGCCAAUGGACGACGGCAACACCCCACUCUCUUCACACUCGGCCAAUGAAGCGUUAUCUAACCGUCUUCGUGACGGCAUGACCGAAAAAUUAGUCGCGAAAACGAAUGAUUUUUAAUUCAUUAUAAAACAUACAGACAAUAUUUCUCCAUAAUUUUUUGCCGUUAAAUCCAUAUAUUAUGGACAAUGUGUGAAUAGGGGAAUUAGAAAGAAUUAAGCUUCAUCCAAGUUCCCUAUUAAUAAAUUGCCCUGUAGUUAUUUAUAAUAAAAAUUCUGCAAAAUCAUCCCGUAAUUCUCAGAAUGAAAAGGUCUAUGAUUUUCACUUUUAUAACAUAAAGACAUAAAAAAAACAUCACUAAUGUAAAUUGAGGUAUUCUCAAGUGUUCUUUUGAUAUCGCAGCAAAUGCGCUCCAUUCAGGCCUAGGGCAUUCAAUAAUUAGUCAUUAGAGUACGCACAACGUCACUAGUAAUUAAUUAUUUUUAAUUAUUGGGAAUUACCUCAAUGUCAUGCUCACGUCGAUGUCACUGGCAUAUCCAAUCGCAGUAUCUAGAGAUAAUGAAUAAAUUAAUUAACAAACA